AAACCCCACUUUAAACUACAGCUAGAUGGACUGUCACAUCCUUUACCAUUUUUGUUCAAAAUUUCAAAUCCUUUUCCUAUGAAGUUUUACACCUUGUUUGGUUCUCAUUAUUUAAAGUUAUUUUUGAUGUAAUGAGUGAAGAGAGAUAAAGAGAAAAAGCUAUUAAGAAACGUGUAGAGAAGAAAAUGAGAGAGAUGAGAUGUAACCAAACAAGGUUUUAGUUCAAGUUUGGUCCUUUGAGCCAAUGCAUGGCAUUGGGUAGCUCUAUCCCUCUUAAAUGCACUAGUAUUUCCGUUGCUCCCCUCUAUAAAUGCCUCUUAUUGCUACACAUUUUCCCCAGAUGAGCUCUGUUUUUCUUAGCCCAAAGUCCUUUUGUGUGAAAGGCUUCUUUUUCCAAUGAGGAAAGGGUGGUUUUCUAUCAUUGGAAACUAUGUGUUGUGGUGCAGAGAAGCUGUUUGUUUAUGGGUCUUAACCAAGUUGGGUGGUAUUGAAACUGGGUUUCUGGUCAGAUUGAUGAAGAAAACAGUUGUUGCUAUGGUCACAUGCAGUCUUGCUUUUGGAGGUGCAACUGUGGGAACAAUUUCUGGAGCUAUCAAAGGGCAGACUACAGAAACGGGGUUUUUGCGCGGGUCCGGAAUAGGUGCUGUGGCAGGGGCUAUCACCGCCGUCCAGUUGUUGGAAUUGAGGGCUCAAGACGAGCCAUUCUCCAAGGUUGCCCUCUUGUUUAGUCUGAUAAAUGGGAAAGUCUUUAGGGAAUGGGUGACUCCUGCUGUUCUAAAAGCUUAUCAAUGGCAGGUUAGUGCUUUGGACGUAAGUUUUAGCGAAAAUUCGGAUAUUUUCGGAAUAAAUGGAGGCAGGGGGUUGUCUCAGGAUUACAUCAAGAAGCUGCCAAAAUGCAAAUUCAGUCCCAACAGCAGAAAGAGACCGGGCUACGCGACAAGUUGUAUUGUUUGCUUAGAGGAUUUCAAGAAAGGAGACUUUAUCAGGGCACUGCCAAGUUGCGGACACUCUUUCCAUUUGCGAUGCAUAGACGAUUGGCUAACAAUCCAUGGCUCUUGCCCAGUAUGCAGGGGAGAUGUCUAAUUGUAAGGAGAGAAUUGGGACGGUUAAUUCGUUAUAUCAGACGAACCGCAGGACUACAAAAGGAGAUUUGGAAACAAUGUUGAAUUCUUGACUCUCUUUUUACCUAUCCCGAUUAUGAACCACAAUUUUUUUUUGAGUUACGUGAUUCACCCUACAUGAGAUUGGAGUAUUAUCAUAUUACUGCUUGCCGACG